AUGCACCCGCGAAACCCGGCCAACCACCCGCUACGGAUUUUUCAAAGGGCCAAAGAGCAGGGCAAGAUUGUGCAUGUGGCCGGGCCCAUGGUCAGAUACUCGAAGUUGCCCUUUCGUCAAACCGUCCGCGAUCUGAGUCCACAUGUCAUUGUGUAUACCCCGAUGAUUUUAGCCAGGGAGUUUGUGCGGGCCAAAGUUGCCCGAGACUCGGACUUUACCACGAACGAGACCGAUUCGCCCCUGAUUGUGCAGUUCGGCACAAACAACGAGCUGGAUCUCGCCCGAGCCGCCAUGAUGAUAAAACCCUACUGUGAUGGGAUUGGAAUCAACUGCGGCUGUCCAAUUAAGGAGCAGAAUCGCGAAGGCAUAGGUGCAGCGCUGAUGAGCGAGCCCGAAAAGGUCGCUGGAAUGGUGAGGGCCGUGAAAGAAGCCUGUGGCCCCGAGUUCUGUGUCGAGGUGAAGAUUCGAAUCCAUACGGAUCUGGACGAGACGGUCAGGUUCGCUAAAAUGAUCGAGAGUGCCGGUGCGGACUAUAUCACGGUGCAUGGCCGUCGCAAAUGCGAUCGAUCCAGCUUGCCAGUCAACUUGGAGGGUAUUCGUCGCGUCAAAGAGGCAGUGUCCUGUCCGGUGGUUGCGAACGGUGAUUGCUUUACCCCCAGUGAUAUGAAUCGCAUUGUUAGUGCCACUAAUGCCGAUGGCGUCAUGUCGGUGCGAGGCAUCCUUGCCAAUCCGGCAAUCUUUGCCGGCUACGAUGUUACACCAUGGCGAGCCGUAGAGCUGUUCUGGGACUACGCAAUGGCAUACGGAUUGCCGUUCCAGUUAAUCCAGCAUCAUAUGAACGAGAUGCUGAACUUUGAGCUCACAAGAAGAGAACGAAAAGGCCUGAACUUUGCUCAGUCAACCGUCGAACUGCUGGAUUGGUUUGACGAACGAUUCGAUCUUAAGCGCAGAGGUGACGAAGGAUUCGGCGAACGAGACAAUUGGCCUUGGAAGGUGGAACGCGAACGAGACAACGAAAAUGAUAUCGAACCGGAGCCUGCCGUGUAA